GGUCUGAGUUUACUGAGAUAAUUCCAAUUGGACUUCUCAAGAAUUUUUGGUUAGAUGCUAGUAGCGCAGGCAUAUCGGACUUAUCGAUAGCAGAUCGGAGUGCUAAUUUCUCCGCCAUCUUUUCCGUACCUGUGUACCAUAGAAGUGACCCGCACCGAUAUGCUUUUAUCGGAGGUCUCAUUCCUAAAAUUUAGCUGGGGCUCUUUUGCGAUUUUGAUGUUGGAGCUUCUGGUGUUGGAAAUUCGCUGAGGACCAACAUUCGAAUUCGAUCCGCACCAGCAAUGGCGAGUGCGAAUUGCUGGAGGUGUCUAGCACGGCCCUCACAGCGGCUACUCGUGCCAGCAUCAUUAUUACCAGCUCCGUCGACCCCAGCAUCAGCGGCAGCGUUCACCACUUCGGCGCAACUGAGGGCCAAACCCGGCCAGAAGGAAGAGCCAAACCUCUCACGACAUAUUCGUACUGGUAAAAAGUUGAUAUUGGGAAAGAAGAAGCGGCCAGCCGACAAGGGUAAACCGCCGGUGUCUGGGGAAAGAAAGGCAUUUCGGAAGCGCAUUCAGCUCAGCAACAAUAAUGCCUUGGCUGUACCAGGCCUUGGCGAAUUGACGGCCGAGAAUGUCGUGGACGCUAGUUCUGUAGGUCAGGUUUUCAGCCUCCCGGAGGUGGUGUUAGACCAACUGAGGGCCAGCGAGGCAUUCAAGCCGACGCAGACUUGGGGCUUAUUCCGGUCACCACAUACGUUAAUCAGGAAGGAGACGGUAGACCUAGCGAAGCAACUCACGGAUGCUGUCGGCAAGAAAGAAACUCUGAGGUUGGUUAUUACUGGAGAUAGGGCGUCGGGAAAGAGUGUCUUAGGGCUUCAAGGGUUGGCAACGGGGUUCCUGAAUAAAUGGGUUGUAAUUAACAUCCCGGAAGCGCAAGAACUGACUACUGCGGCGACUGAGUAUUCUCCGAUACCUAAUUCUGAGCAGUUCUCCCAACCCGUAUACACCGUCAAGCUCUUCCAGGCUAUCUACAAGGCCAACCAGCCCAUUUUAUCACAGUAUAAGGUCGAGCUGGACCAUAUGCACCUCCCUAUCUCAGUGAACCGAGGUAUGACGCUCGCCGCCCUCGCCAACGCCACCAAGGAACCCGAGUUUGCCUGGCCCGUAUUCCAGGCCUUCUGGAAGGAACUGUUACUACCAGGCCGUCCACCGAUCAUGUUUGCGCUUGACGGCCUUAGCCACAUCAUGCGCAUCAGCGAUUACCGCUCACCUGCCUUCCAGCUUAUCCACAGCCAUGACCUUAGCUUACUCCGCCUAUUCACGGACGCGCUAGGCGGCAAGACGAAUUUUGCCAACGGCGCGGCGAUCCUGGGCGUGUGCACCAAGGGCAAUAGCCCCGUGAUCCCGUCGAUGGAGAAGGCUCUAGAGCAAGCUGCUGCCGCACAGGCCGGCGAGCCGAUCCCGCCUCGAGACCCGUUCUUCGCCAAGUACGACGAACGCGUGUUCGACGCUCUCAAGGGCGUCAAGGUCUUGAACCUCCGCGGCGUCUCUAAGCUGGAAGCCCGCGCGCUAAUGGAAUACUGGGCUGCGAGCGGUAUUCUUCGCCUGCGCGUCGACGAGAAGAACGUCAGCGAGAAGUGGACCCUGGCUGGUAGCGGUAUCCUCGGCGAGAUGGAGCGAGCUGCGCUGUAUGAUGUCAGAUCGCCUGUGUAAAUUACUCAUGCUUCUCUAUGAAGUGACUACCGCUCUAGAGGUUAGGCGACGAUAUAUCGCUGGUAAGGAUGUAUAUAACACAAUAUGUUCCCGUGUAGAAUAUUCACGAUAUGAUAUAAGCUCUACGGUGAUAUGCAUUGGUUAUGCUCUGUUUUAGUUGUAAUGCGUGCUAAUGAAUAAAGGACCAUAGGGGAUUGUAGUUGAAUUGGAGAAACGUAUUCGUAUGAUGGGAACGUGUAUACAUUGUAUCAAAGGGACUAUAGCGCUCAUGUAUUUGAAGAUGAAGAAAGGUUAAGUUGAGUACCUAAUGUACAUAUCUCGUCUCAGUAAUUUGCUAUACGUGCCACUUUUUUAUAUUACAUCAACUUGGAUGAUUUAGAAUCUUAAACUUGAUAUAACACUUAUAUAUAGGUAAAUG